ACGCAGCCGCCGCGCUCCCGCCCCAACCCUAGUCGCAGCCUGCGCGGGGCCGGGGCCAUGGGCGCUCUGCGCCGCUCGGGUCAUGAGGACGGAGGCGGAGGCUGCGGGGCCACCGCUCGAUCCUGGGGACUUCGUGCAGCUGCCGGUGCCUGUCAUCCAGCAGCUGUACCACUGGGACUGCGGCCUGGCCUGCUCCAGGAUGGUGCUGCGGUACUUGGGCCAGCUGGACGAUAGCGAGUUUGAGAGCGCCCUGCAGGCACUGCAGCUGACCAGGAGCAUCUGGACCAUUGACCUUGCUUACUUGAUGCGCCACUUUGGUGUGAGGCACCGAUUCUGCACCCAGACCCUGGGCGUCGACAAGGGCUACAAGAAUCAGUCCUUCUACAGGAAGCACUUUGACACCGAAGAAACCCGGGUGAACCAGCUGUUUGCACAGGCCAAGGCCUGCCAGGUGCUGGUGGAGAAAUGCGCGGUGAGCCUGCAGGAUAUCCAGGCGCACCUUGCGCAGGGCCACGUGGCCAUCGUGCUGGUGAAUUCAGGCGUGCUGCACUGCGACCUAUGCUCCAGCCCCGUUAAGUACUGCUGCUUCGCCCCCCGCGGCCACCGCUGCUUCUGCCGCACCCCUGACUACCAGGGCCACUUCAUUGUGCUGCGCGGCUAUAGCCGGACUGCCGGCUCCAUCUUCUACAACAAUCCAGCCUACGCCGACCGUAUGUGCAGCACCAGUGUCAGUAACUUCGAGGAGGCCCGAACCAGCUAUGGCACAGACGAGGACAUUCUCUUUGUCUAUCUGGACAGCUGACGAUGGGGCCUGGUGC